AGGGUCCGACAGGUGAGGCUAAAUAUAGUCACCCGAGGACAGCCAGGCAACAACACAGCUCGGAUUUUCCCAAAUCAGAUCAGCGGCCUUUGUGGGCAUACAGGCGUGAUGUAGACGCUUUCCAGCUACAAACAGACCGCCUCCGGCUUUUCUUUCACAUUUCUUGGCCUUCUUUGCAAUUCAAGUUCUUUGUGCGAAAGCAUUGGCAAUGACGACAGUAUAUCCGCCGGCAUUGUCGCACUUUGCUGUAUUCUGUCCCGCGCUGGGCGCAACCGAGGACUCCACACAUGAGCAGCUCCUGUUUUAUGCCGCCGCUACGCUCCCUGCAUUCUACCCAUACUCGGCCAACGACUACUACUCGCGGACCGCACACCUUCGGCGACGGUCAUCGGGAAGCGGCACUGUGAAAUCGCACAGCCCAGGGCGUGCACAUGCCAGCACCACUGAGCCCCACGGGAACCGUGAGCGCGUAGUGUCGCUGGAUACGAAGCUGCGGGAGAUCGGGCUAGCAUCAGCACUGGUUAUGUUUGCAGACACAUUUUCGCCCAGCAACCAGUUUCACGUUGUGCAUUCGGAAAAGCGGCGGACUGUUAUCUUCACGCCUGAAGAAGGGGUCAUCGUCCACCUGUCGAUAGUUUUGCCACGCAAAGUCACUCCGUUUGGCAAGGAGAAGGAUGCGUAUUCCGUUGAAUUCCUCGAUAGCGAGCUCGAUGACCGUGCGAUUCAACCGUGGCUCGAAGCAGAAUACCAGGCGUUCCGAUUGCUGUUUGGCCCAGUUGGUAGAGCUCUGCGAGGAGGGAGACAGAAAGUCAUUCGCCAGCUGGACUCGUUCUUUGGGCGAACCGUGUGGGGCUGGGAUAGGCGGUGGGACAGAAAACAUGGCGAUGAGCUGGAUCUCCUGCAUUCACUGUCUCCGUUGCCACAGCUUCCAGUCGGCCCAAUCAGCCUGGGUGGGUUCGACGAGCUGUGGCAAGAUAUGUCGUCAAUCGGCGACGAGGACGCAGUUGUUAAUGACGUGGUCGUGCUUUGGCACGGGAACGAGGUGGUAUGGAGCAGCUUCAAAUCACACAAGGUGCUUCGUGCGAUAGUUGCCUGGUCCCGUGUCGUUUAUGUGCCUGCAUUUGCACACGCAACCGAAGCAAAAUACAAGAGCCAUGCAGCACCGCCCCACCGAGCUCUCGGUGUUGCUAAGCCUAGCACAGCGCGCCAGAGCUCUUGGGGCAGUAGCUGGUUGUUUGGAUGGGGCAAGCAACAGCAGCAGCAGCAGCCACAGCCACAGCCCCCAUCGCAACAGCAGCAGCAGCAGCAGUCGGCGCUCAGACAAGAAAGCACCGGGACGGAAAGCAGAGGCAGUACAGGCAGCGAGUCAGAGAUAGAGGUCGGCAAUGGCGGAUUCUCGCAGGUGCUGUCGCGCGCUGUCGACAUGUUAGUAGAGCCACGGCCGCCAACGCCGCCAGAAGUGGACCCUGUGUUUCUGUCUGGCGAGCCUGUGCCCGAGCAAUUCCACGUGCCUAAUGACGGCCUGGACUCUGAUGCCGAGUCUAUUCACUCUAUCAGGUCGAUGGCGUCUGUGCGCACCACCGCCACUGUUGCGCUGUCUCGCCAGUCAGUGUCGGCGACGAUCGGCAGGGCCAGGGCCAACACACACAUGAACUUUGGGGUGCCUUUGCGUGCCAGGAGCCACUCACGUGCAGCCUCGAUUCUGUCCAACUCGAGUGUAGUCACCACCGAUACAAUGCAGCUGCGUGACGACACACGCGUAUCAUCGAGAAGCAGCUGGUGGAAUUGGGGGUCUAGCGAAUCACCGAGGCUGCCAUCGAUCCACAGCAACGGUGUGUCUGAGUCUGAGCCCUCGGGAACCGACCCUGCGUCGACGUUCUUGUUCACUGGCACGUCGGCGUUUCCCGGACUACCGCAGGUAGGAAAGGAGCCUGAAAACAAUGAGCGCCCCGAGCACAUUCUUGCAGAUGACCUAGAUGCUGAGGGUGCGAGCAAGGGGGAGACUAUCAGCAGGCUUGAAGAGGCGAUGGAAGAGGGCAUUCCCGAGGUAUAUGAGCACGGAAUAGAUGUCGACGUGAGCCGUGGUGUAGUACUGGCCCCCCGUGCCAUUCCCGGCAUGCAAUACGACACACGGCUCGUCAAGCUAAUGUACCAGGCUACCGAGGGCGCCGCAACUUCUCCUGUGCCAGCUGAAAUGCCCCUAUGUGUGGGGGACGCUGUGGCUCGGCAUUUUGUGUACCGCUUUGGCGAUCUCCUGUUUGUUGUUUUUGGACGCCCUGCCGAAUCCAACGAAGAAGAGGAAGCUGUUGGGCGAGCUGGCCGGAGACGCGGCCGUCGCAACGGCGGCAUGCGCCGCGAGACAUUCGAUUCUGUCAAAUUCAGCUCUCACGACUGCCAGCAGAUCGAAAAUGCCAUCCUGCGCUACGCAGAGAGCCUCCAGUCAGCCACACAACGCGACCAUUCCGACAUAUCCGCGAAGCGCCGCACGGCCAUCCAGCAGGCCAAAGUCCGCAGGAUCCCCCCUUAUAUCCAUAUGGACAAGACAGACCAGCUGGCGCGCACGAACUGGAGGCACGACGGUCCUCUGCCAAUGAACCAAAGUUUUGCCGGCUACGUUUCUGACGAUGUGCGCAGCAGCGGCAAUGGGCUGGCAUCGAAUGUCAGGCGGGCAAUUUCGGUCGUGCAGGGUGAGCAGCGUGGUGGGGCGGUGGUGUGUGCCCGCAUGCAGGACAAGGGGUGGGUUGCAGGUAUGGAUCGGUGCCAAUUCGAAUGUGUGUGUGUCGUUGACCAGCCCAAGGCGACACUGGCGGAUGCCCAAACAUUUCUGAGUAAAGUUGCCAGUUUAUGAGUGACCGUUUCUUACUGUAUAUUAUAACUGGAAUGUCUAUGAGGCGGGAAAACCUGACUUUUUGGUUGUGGUGACAGGCAUCUUUUGAACAGGCUGUUUGCAGAGUCUGCCGACGAAUCAGUUUGCCAUCUCUUCCGCGUCAAUUGGCCCCAGUGGCCGUGGUGGAUAUGGGUAGUCGUGUCCGCCAACGUCUUGCCGAUAGCUGAGCUGCCUUUUCAUUGUACCAAUAGGUGGAGGCG